AUGAGCCCGGUGACAAACCUCGUCAUCCCCAGCCCUGAAGCUGAAUCCGGGAUUGAGUUUUAUCGAAAAAAACGAACUACGCUCCGAGUCACCACGAAUGGCCUCAUUGCCACGAGCGAACCCCCAGCCGCAGAAUCCCACCCCGGGCUCUUCCCACCGACCUUCGGGGCCGUGGCGCCCUUCCUGGCCGACCUGGACACCACCGACGGCCUCGGGAAGGUCUACUACCGCGAGGACUCCUCCCCCGCCGUCACCCGGCUGGCUGCCGAGUGUGUCCAGAGAGGGUUCCCGGGAGUGUCCUUCCAGCCCGCGAGCGCCGUGGUGGUCACCUGGGAAUCCGUGGCCCCGUACCGAGGCCCCAGCGAGGACCCUGCCCAGGAGGACAAGAGAAACACGUUCCAGGCGGUCCUGGCCUCCUCCGGUUCCAGCUCCUACGCCAUCUUCCUGUACCCCGAAGACGGCCUGCAGUUCACCUCGACCUUCUCCAAGCGCGACCAGAGCCAGGUCCCCGCCAUGGUCGCCUUCAGCCAAGGGCUGGUGGGACGCGUGUUGAGCAGCGACGGGGCGUAUAACAUAUUUGCUAACGACAGAGACUCGAUCGGCAAUUUGGCCAAGAGCAGCAACUCCGGGCAGCAGGGCGUCUGGGUGUUUGAGAUCGGGGGCCCCGACACAGCCAGCGGCGUGGUGUCCUCGGACGUGAUCCUCAGAGCGGACGACGGAGAAGACUACGACGAUGACGAAGAUUACGACUCGGUGACCAGUCUGGGCCCGGAGGACCUGGGCACCACCCCCUUCCCCUAUGAGACCCCGAGGAGGGGAGACACCGGCACCACCAGGCACCGGGUCUUGUCCCCCAGCCGCCCGGCCACCGCCAGGCCCGCCAGGCCUCCCACCGAGAGGACCCGGUCCUUCCAGCUGCCCGGGGCCAGGUUCCCCCAGCAGCACCCGCAGGUCAUCGAUGUGGAUGAGGUGGAGGAGUCGGAAGUCGUCUUCAGCUACAACACGGAUUCCCGGCCCACGUGCGCCAACAGCCGACACCAGUGCUCCGUGCACGCCGAGUGCCGGGACUACGCCACCGGCUUCUGCUGCAGCUGCGUCGCCGGCUACACCGGGAACGGCCGGCAGUGUGUGGCCGAAGGGUCCCCCCAGCGAGUGAACGGCAAGGUGAAAGGGAGGAUCUUCGUGGGGAGCAGCCCGGUCCCCGUGGUGUUUGAGAACACGGACCUGCACUCCUACGUGGUGAUGAACCAGGGCCGCUCCUACACGGCCAUCAGCACCAUCCCCGAGACCGUGGGGUACUCCCUGCUGCCCCUGGCCCCUGUCGGGGGUGUCAUCGGGUGGAUGUUUGCGGUGGAGCAAGACGGAUUCAGGCACGGGUUCAGCAUCACAGGGGGCGAGUUCACCCGCCAGGCCGAGGUGACCUUCGUGGGGCACCCGGGCAAGCUGGUCAUCAAGCAGCGCUUCAGCGGCAUCGACGAGCACGGGCACCUGACCAUCGACACGGAGCUGGAGGGCCGCGUGCCGCAGAUCCCGGUUGGCGCCUCCGUGCACAUCGAGCCCUACACGGAGCUCUACCACUACUCCCGCGGCGUGAUCACAUCCUCCUCCACGCGGGAGUACACGGUGACAGGGCCCGCGGCCCCUGCGAGCAUCCACACGUACCAGUGGCGCCAGACCAUCACCUUCCAGGAGUGCGUCCACGACGGGGCCCGGCCGGCCCCGCCCAGCACCCAGCAGCUCUCGGUGGACAGCGUGUUCGUGCUGUACAACCAGGAGGAGCGGAUCCUGCGCUUCGCUCUCAGCAACUCCAUCGGGCCUGUGCGGGACGGCUCCCCGGACGCCCUGCAGAACCCCUGCUACCUCGGCACUCACGGGUGCGACACCAACGCGGCCUGUCAGCCCGGCGCCGGGAACCAGUUCGCCUGCGAGUGCUCCAUCGGCUUCCGGGGGGACGGACGCACCUGCCAUGACAUUGACGAGUGCUCGGAGCAGCCCGCGGUGUGUGGGAGCCACGCCGUCUGCAACAACCACCCGGGGACCUUCCGCUGCGAGUGCGAGCAGGGCUACCGCUUUUCCGAGGAGGGAACGUGUGUGGACGUGGAUGAAUGCCGCCCGAGCCGAUGCCACCCCGAUGCCUUCUGCUACAACACCCCGGGCUCCUUCUCCUGCCAGUGCAAGCCUGGGUACCGGGGUGACGGCUUCCGCUGCGCGCCUGGAGGUGAGGAGUCGGGACACCGGGAGCCGGUAGGCCGGUGCCCUGCCCCUGAGUCCUGCCUCGCUCAUGGACCUCUCCUGCCCCCAGGUCUGAGCACGGUGGCUCCCCCGAUUCACCCCGGACCCUCGGUUCCUCCCGCCGUCAUCCCUCUGCCCCCCGGGACCCACUUGCUCUUUGCCCAGACGGGGAAGAUCGAGCGCCUCCCGCUGGAGGGCAGCACCAUGAAGAAGACGGAGGCCAAGGCGCUGCUGCACGCUCCGGACAAAGUCAUCAUCGGCCUGGCCUUCGACUGCGUGGACAAGAUGGUCUACUGGACCGACAUCGGCGAGCCUUCCAUCGGGAGAGCCAGCCUGCAUGGCGGGGAGCCGGCCACCAUCAUUCGACAAGGUCUCGGGAGCCCCGAAGGCCUCGCCGUGGACCAUCUCGGCCGCAACCUCUUCUGGACGGACUCUCGCCUGGACCGCAUAGAGGUGGCGAAGCUGGACGGCACCCAGCGCCGGGUGCUGUUCGACACGGAUCUGGUGAAUCCCAGAGGCAUCGCGACGGACCCCGUGAGAGGGAACCUCUACUGGACGGACUGGAACCGAGACAGCCCCAAGAUCGAGACCUCCUACAUGGACGGCACCCACCGCAGGGUCCUCGUGCAGGACGACCUGGGCCUGCCCAACGGGCUGACCUUCGAUGCCUACUCGUCCCAGCUCUGCUGGGUGGAUGCAGGCACUAGCCGGGCCGAGUGCCUAAGGCCGGAGCAGCCUGUCCGUCGCAGGGUCCUCGAAGGCCUCCAGUACCCUUUCUCGGUGACGAGCUUCGGGAAGAAUCUGUAUUACACGGACUGGAAGACGAACUCCGUGGCUGCCGUUGAUAUCGCUGUUGCCAAAGAGACGGACACCUUCCACCCCCACAAGCAGACCCGGCUGUACGGCAUCACCACCGCCCUGUCUCAGUGUCCCCAAGGUCACAACUACUGCUCAGUGAACAACGGCGGCUGCACCCACCUCUGCUUGGCCACCCCAGGAAGCAGGACCUGCCGUUGCCCUGACAACACCCUGGGAGUUGACUGCAUUGAGCGGAAAUGAAGACAAGACUGCCUUGUUUCCUCACCGAGUAUUUCGCAAGCAACACCCUGCUGCAAAGGGUCCAGACCGAAAACUGUCUGACCUGGUGGCUGAGUGGCCGCCAGCCUGAGCCUUAACAACGUUCCCCUCCCCGUUCCCCAACUCAUAAGCCCUGAGCUUCUGGAAUGGGGAAGUUCCUACCCCUCCACAAAGACAGGACCCGCCCCCCCGCCCCCCCCCCCAAACCCUUAGACAAAUGAAUACAGCCCCGAGGGAGGGUUACGUGCCCUGUCCCUGUGCUCUGGAACUAAGUUGUGUUCCCCAACUUAGCACCCCAGUGGUGAGCAGACCCUCCCAGGCCUGAGCCAUCCCCUGUGGCCUUAUAAGCUCAGCCGCACACUGACACACCCACCACUUUGUCAGCACCUUGACACCUGCCAAGGCUGCAGCCCGUUGGAACCUAAAUCAGGGGAGAGCCUUUCCUUGAAUAAUUGGAGUUUGUUUUCAGAGGCGAGUUCCCCCCCCCCGCCCCCCCGAGAAUCACAGCGUUUGGGGAACACACAGGUUGUUUAGAUGGCCCAACUCAUAAAUUAGUUUCACUUUCUUUUUAUAUUUAUCAUUCAUUCUAUAUCAAGCCCUCUAUAUUCAAACGUUUGUCGUGAUUUUUGUAUAAUUUUUGUAAGUGUUUUUUUAAAUGGUAAAUUCUUGAACUGUGGAAACCAUUGAAGGUGCUUAUUAACUGUUCCCCCAGUUUAUACAACUGUUGGAUGAUUCCUUGAGUUUACAGCUAUAUAAAUAGGAGUGUAGACAAUAAAAAACAUUUUUGGUAAUAA